GGUAACGUCACGUGCUGACACGCAAAUGACAUCAUUCAGAAUCCCGAAACGGCAAUCACCUUGGUCGUCGCAUUGCAAAGAAGCCAACGAGACGCUUUCCCAAGGCAGCAACAAUCUUCGCAUAACAGACUCGCACUAUAGGAUACUUUUUGCGCUUCUUAGAACCAUCAAGUACUUCAAAUCAUUUCUGCUCGACCGCAGACCGCGCGCUUGCAUCGAUUCCAUUUCACGAUGCCACCAAUCCCAACUUACAAGAACGCGCCCAUAAAGGCUGACGGCGUCACGCCUCAGACUGACGAUGGCUCCAAUCUUGCGCCAACGUCCACCUCGCGAUACGUGCCCGCCACUACAACAGUAGAUUCCUCUGCACCUCCUGCGCCCCAGCCAGGCGCCCGUCCGACGCCCACCGCUACAGCGCCGCCAAACUCCAACGGGCCUCCACCGCCCCAGCCAGGUUACACGGCAACGCACAUCUCGACAGAGACAAGGGUGUACGCACCGCCGCCGCAGUUCACGCAGCCGCCGCCGAGCGACUCGCAGCUCGCUGGGCGCUCGACGGUGACGUCGACAAUGGCGAGCAAGCCAGGCCCCACGAUGCUGAAUUUGGGACCGGUAGCAAGCCCGUUCCAAAACGCGAAUGCAGGCGGUGCGGUACCUACACCGACUGCGGUAGAAGGGAGCGAGAGGAGGAGUCUGGAGCACCCUCCCGGAUAUCAGCAAGCACCCGACAAUGCGCCCUAUACGCAAGGCGGUGGCAUUGGAGGUGGAGACAGGGUGGCAGAGGGUAUUGGGGCUCAGGCGUGGAAUAUGUUGUCCAGGGCUGGUGGAGCGCUGAAGGAUGCAGAAGAAGCAGCUUGGAGAGCUGUGAAUAGCAAGAAAUGAUCAGCAAGUGGGGGCGUUGGGCGUUGGCACAUAACGAGGUGGUUAGAUAGAGACGUAUAACAUGUCUUAUACAUCACGUAGAAGAGGAAUGAUGUUUCUCAAAGGAACUCGAAAUCUUUCUAUAAACCGCUAGUUUUCCCAUGCUCCAAGCGAUGGAAAGUGAACACCUAGGAAAGGGGUAAAUGGACAAAGCA